AUACAACAGACAUAGUAAUUUAAGAUCAUUAGUUACCCCCUUUACUUACUUACCUGUCAAGAUCCGUGUUUAUUUAUUAGAGUCAGUCAACACAUAAGAAUAAAGUAAGUAUACGUAUAAAUAACUUUGAAGUACUCACAUUCAUACAUUACGACGCAGACAAUACACUGAUAGUAAUGAACAAAAACUUUAUGAACAAAGAUGAAUCAUAAACGUUACAUGUCAAGUGCAUUAUUUUUUCAAAUAUUACUUAAUGUUGCAAAAUGUUCAAAUUUAACAGAUAAGGCAGUGCAUGUAGCGGAUUCUACGUUUGACCCCAAUGGAAUUACUGUAGUGAUAUGGAAAUACAGUGAUUCUGUGGAGGUGAUGGUGACGGAUGUACUUACAACUUAUCAUGGGUCUGUUGUCACUCUUGCGGUACAGAAUAGCACAGAACCUGUAAUUGAACGCCUGUAUAACAAAAUACGCGUCAAACAAACCAUUUUCAUCGCAAGUUGCCCAGAAAACUUCGAAUAUAUGGCUAAAAUGCUAAAGAAACAUGUAGUUAACUCCAUCCGUGCGAUACUGAUACUGUGCAAUCGUGGAACCGAUCAGUCUGCGGUAACUAAAGCUACCAAAGCUGCCUGGGAAUAUGACAUAGGAAAUAUCGUUGUCGUAACUACUGACGACGAAGAAGAAACUGAACAGUUUUGGACAUAUUUCCCAUAUGGCAACGGUGAUUGUGGAAACUAUACAGCUGUGCCGUUUGAUCUCACUACCGACAACUAUUUUCCUAGGAAAUUUCACAAUUACCACGGAUGCCCUAUUAGAGUAACGCUUCUUAAAUUCUUACCCUAUGUCGUGUUGGAAAAACAGAAUGGUACUGUUGUAUCUAUCAGGGGCAUCGACGGUAACAUUCUUAAUUUAGUCAUGAAAAAACUGAACGCGACGUAUGAUAUUGUGUCAUCCACAGAUCACGGUGGAAUAGGGACCAUGGUAAACGGGACACCGACGGGGUCAAUUGCUGAUCUUGUGAACAACCACGCUGAUAUAUUAUUACCAGCCAUACUGCUUACUUACCCAAGGUAUCCCAAAUUGCAGUUCUCUUACGUGUAUCAAACUCUGGACACAUAUUGGUGUGGCCCAAAUCAACGAGAGAUUUACAAGUGGGCAAAAGUACUGCUUCCAUUUUUUACCAGCAUCACACCUCUCAUCAUAGUAACUUUCACCGUAUUCAUUGUGGCCACCAAAAUCAUCCGACGAUAUGCACUUUGCCGACCGGAAAGAAAACGUGGUGUAUUUUUCAUGUCUUUUGUAAUGUUUCUUGGUCAAGAAGUAAAUUUUGAGACAAAAUGCUGGCUGGUGAACAGCUUAUUUAUAAUGUGGAUUUGGUUCUGCAUGAUUGUGAGGAUCGCAUAUCAAGGAGAUUUAGUGGACGGACUGCAGAAAGAUUUUUUGGAGCCUCCCUUAGGAGUACUCGAAGAAGCUAUCGACAAAGUUAAUGGCUACGGCGGUGUGGAAGUAUUUCACCAGUACUACAAAGACCAUCCAGCAGGAGAAAAGUUUCAAGCAUUGAAAUUGGACGAAAUACCGAUAUACAUCAAGGAUAUCGCUGAGGGGAAGCGAUUUUUGAUAAUUACUGAUAUUUUGUUGGUGAAGUAUUUCCGUGAAACUCUUCAGAAACUGGAGAAGCCGGUGGCAAGAGCGCCGGUAUGUACGUGCAUGCGAGCGGCCUGGCCGGCAGCUGAGGAGACGCAGCGACUCACAUUUCUCGUGGCGGAGACCGGCCUCAUUGAGAAGAUCAUGGACGACUUCCACUACGAGACAAUGCGAUACGGCAAUCAAUCUGACACGCGAGAAGCGCAACCUCUCACCAUGGAUACUGUAGGCGCUUUAUUCUAUGGUUUACUUGCCAUGUUUUUUGUUUGCUUCCUAAUAUUCUGUGCAGAACUUAUAUGUCAUAAGUAUGAACUGAAGAGUCCAUUUAGCCGUAAAUUCAAAGUGAAGUGAGCUCGUUUAGUGGAGGGUUAGAGAAUAAGCUGAUGUGAUGGAAAUAGCUUGUUGACUGGCAGACAGAUGGACGGACACGGACAAUUAGCCUGAUGCGUAGCGCUUCCCACCGAUCUGAUUCCACGUAAUGAAUUAUUCUAACGAUAGGAAAUAGAAAAUCCGUUAACUCAUCUAAGUAGAUGUGCUUACUUUUAUUUUGGUAUAAUUUGGGGUUGUAGUUUUAACAAUUUAUUUGGAUUGUUGCUGAAUAAGUAUAUCAAUUAUAUAUUUAUUUUUUUAUAAAAUAUUGAUGGAGUUUAGUAAAACUAUUACCUAUAUAAAGAAUCAGUAUUACCACGUGCAACGGACGAUGUUUCUGCAAUAACUUUUCUCACAAUUCCUUGAACCAAGGGUCACAUUUACAUGAGUGUGAGUACCUUCAGGAUAGUUGCAAUUUUAUUAAGUACCGUAAGCCUAUGCCAUCUGAAUGAUGCUUAAAAUAUACUUAUGGGUAAUUUAUUCAUAUUUUUACAGUAUAAACCUUCUACUAAUAAUACAAGAUUGUAACGGAAACAUAUUACAACGUCAAACAUUUUUCUUCUGCAUCCGUCUUUUUUAAAACAAUGUAUGUUAGAUUUAAUAUAUUUUACAUUUUCUUCGAUGUAUUCUGUCAAUAUAGUGCUGUAUACAUACAUAAUAUCACGCUUAUUUCCCAUUGGGGUGGGCAGAGAACAGAGUAAUUUAAGUGAGUGUUAAUUAAAGUCAAGUGCAUAUUAAUAAGUUCCGGCUCCACUGGUGUGGCACUCUUGACCGAAUUUUAGCUUUUCCCUUACAAUUGUGUAGAAAAAUAAAUGGGACUCAUAGCAGCAUGAGGUUUUAUUCUAGUCGCUGUAUACUCGCCGGCGAAUGCUUUCAGGGGUGGUCAAAUAUUCAGGCGUCACAUACGGCGACCGCGCGGCUCGCUCUACUAUAAUACUAAUUAAAUGUUUAGACUUUCGACAUUGUGGAAUAUGUGGGCAUGUACUAUUAAAAUGUACCGAUUUUCAUCCCCAGUUUGAGCGGCAAUCUCCAUGUUUUAAAAAAGGUGGUAUAUUUUGUGAGAGACAGAACUUACUUUUAACCAAAAAGACAUCUUCGAUGAGGGAUUUUCCAGACUACGUAUCCCAAAAAACUUAUAGACGGCGUUGUACAGAUUUGUCUUUGUUUAACCUUCUGAUUUCAUGGAUAACAGAUGUAUGCAUCUUUUAUCUUUCUUUUUGGGUAUAAAUGAUGACCCUUGUUAUUACACCCAGGCACAACACAUCUUCCACCCAUUAUUAAUAUAGGAACUUAUUUCAGGAACUCGGUGGCGCAGCGGUAAACGCGCUCGGUCUGCGAUUGUUGAAGUUAAGCAGCUUUCGCAAAGGCCGGUCAUAGGAUGGGUGACCACAAAAAAAAAUUUUCAUCUCGAGCUCCUCCGUGCUUCGGAAGGCACGUUAAG